GUUGUCACCGCCGCAUCGCGUCUAUUUGUUUAAGAUUAUGAAGCUAUUUAGACUAUUAAAGUGAAUAUGCACUUCAUAAUGUGACAUAUGCGUAGAGCAGCAAUAGAUUGAACAGAGAGGUUCAUUUAUUUGCGUGACUACAUCGUCUUCGAUAUUGCUUGCUCGGUAAACAUCGGUUAGUACGUUAGCUAGCUAGCUAACAUUUUACGAGCUGCAGCUAUAACACUCACUGCAGGUUUUCACCCCCACAACAGCGUCCUUUCUGUCACCAAGAUGGGUUUUUUAAAACUGAUAGAGAUCGAAAACUUCAAGUCGUACAAAGGAAGACAGAUCAUUGGACCGUUUCACAAGUUUACUGCGAUCAUCGGACCCAAUGGAUCUGGAAAGUCCAACCUUAUGGAUGCCAUCAGCUUCGUGCUGGCAGAGAAGACCAGCAACCUGCGUGUGAAGACUCUUAAGGAUCUUAUCCAUGGAGCACCAGUAGGAAAGCCAGCUGCCAACAGAGCUUUUGUCAGCAUGGUUUACCAGGAAGAUAACGGAGAGGAACGUACCUUCACAAGAGGCAUCAUUGGUUCCUCCUCUGAGUACCGUAUCAACAGCAAGGUGGUGGGCCUGCCGGAAUACAGUGAAGAGCUGGAAAAACUUGGCAUUCUGAUCAAGGCUAGGAACUUCCUGGUCUUCCAGGGAGCUGUGGAGUCUAUUGCCAUGAAGAACCCCAAAGAGCGUACAGCUCUGUUUGAGGAAAUCUCACGUUCUGGAGAUCUGGCCCAGGAGUAUGACCGCAGGAAGAAGGAAAUGGUGAAAGCAGAGGAGGACACGCAGUUCAAUUACCAUCGUAAGAAAAACAUUGCUGCUGAGCGCAAAGAAGCCAAGCAAGAGAAAGAGGAGGCUGAGCGUUACCAGCGUCUGAAAGAUGAAGUGGCCAGGGCAAGUGUUCAAUUGCAACUUUUCAAGCUAUACCACAAUGAGUGUCAGAUUGAGAAGCUGAACAAAGAGCUGAACCAGCGAAACAAUAAGAUCGAUAAGGACCGUAAAAAAAUGGACCAUGUGGAAGAGGAGCUGAAGGACAAGAAGAAGGAGCUGGGCAGACUGAUGAGGGAGCAGCAGACUAUUGAAAAAGAAAUCAAAGAGAAAGACUCUGAAUUGAAUCAAAAGAGGCCGCAGUACAUCAAGGCCAAGGAGAACACGUCUCACAAGAUCAAGAAGCUUGAGGCGGCGCGCAAGUCAUUGCAAAAUGCCCAGAAGAUGUACCAGAAACGCAAGGGGGACAUGGAUGAGCUGGAUGAUGAAAUGAAGGCAGUGGAGCUGGCCAAGCAGGACUUUGAGGAGCGCAUGGAGGAGGAGGCACAGAGCCAAGGCCAGGACCUCACCCUCGAGGAAAACCAGGUCAAGCAGUACCAUCGUCUGAAGGAGGAGGCCAGUAAACGUGCUGCCACCCUGGCUCAGGAGCUGGAGAAGUUCAACCGCGACCAGAAGGCCGACCAGGACCGCCUCGACUUGGAGGAGAGGAAGAAAGUGGAGACCGAGGCCAAAAUCAAACAGAAGAUACGUGAAAUUGAAGAAAACCAGAAACGUAUUGAGAAAUUAGAGGAUUACAUUACCACCAGCAGGCAGUCGCUGGAUGAGCAGAAGCGCAUGGAGGAGGAGCUGACUGAAGAGGUGGAGUCGGCCAAGAGGAGAAUUGAUGAGAUCAACACGGAGCUUAAUCAGGUAAUGGAGCAGCUGGGAGACGCCAGAAUCGACAGGCAGGAGAACAGUCGCCAGCAGCGCAAGGCUGAGAUCAUGGAGAGUAUCAAAAGACUCUACCCGGGCUCUGUGUAUGGGCGUCUAAUCGACCUGUGCCAGCCCACUCAGAAGAAGUAUCAGAUUGCUGUGACCAAGGUGUUGGGCAAGAACAUGGACGCCAUCAUUGUUGACUCUGAGAAGACUGGCAGAGAUUGUAUUCAAUACAUCAAGGAGCAGAGAGGAGAGCCCGAAACCUUCCUUCCCCUCGACUACCUCGAGGUGAAACCAACGGACGAGAAAUUGAGGGAGCUGCGAGGAGCCAAACUGGUGAUUGAUGUGAUUCGCUAUGAGCCGCCCCACAUCAAGAAAGCCCUCCAGUACGCCUGUGGCAACGCCCUGGUCUGCGAGAACGUAGAGGAUGCGCGAAGGAUCGCUUUCGGAGGGCCAUACAGACACAAGACGGUAGCCCUGGAUGGUACUCUGUUCCAGAAGUCUGGAGUCAUCUCUGGAGGAGCCAGCGACCUAAAGGCCAAGGCCAGGCGCUGGGAUGAGAAGGCAGUGGACAAGCUCAAGGAGAAGAAAGAGAAGCUCACUGAAGAGCUCAAGGACCAAAUGAAGGCCAAGAGGAAGGAGGCAGAGCUGCGUCAGGUGCAGUCUCAGGCCCACGGUCUGCAGAUGAGACUGAAGUACUCCCAGAGUGAUCUGGAACAGACGAAAACCCGUCACCUCUCCCUCAACAUGCAGGAGAAGUCUAAGCUCGAGAGUGAAUUGGCCAACUUUGGCCCUCGCAUCAAUGACAUCAAGAGGAUCGUCCAGUCCCGUGAGAAGGAGAUCAACGACCUGCGAGACCGCAUGAACCUGGUGGAGGAUGAGGUGUUUAUUGAAUUCUGUAAAGAGAUUGGCGUGAGGAACAUCAGAGAGUUUGAGGAGGAGAAGGUGAAGAGGCAAAAUGAGAUUGCAAAGAAGCGUCUUGAGUUUGAGACCCAGAAGACCCGCCUCGGUAUCCAGAUCGACUAUGAGAAGAACCAGCUGAAGGAGGACCAUGAGAAAGUUAUGAUGUGGGAGCAGACCGUCAAGAAGGACGAGGCUGAAAUCGAGCGACUGAAGAAAGAGGAGCACAGACACAUGAAGAUCAUUGAUGAGACAAUGGCACAACUUCAGGACCUGAAGAACCAACACCUCACCAAGAAAUCUGAAGUCAAUGAUAAGAACCAUGAUAUGGAGGACAUCCGCAAAAAGCUGGGGGGUGCCAAUAAGGAGUUGACUCAGAUCCAUAAGGAAGUGACGGCCAUUGAGACCAAACUGGAGCAGAAGCGUAGUGACCGUCACAACCUGCUUCAAGCCUGCAAAAUGCAGGACAUCAGGUUGCCUCUUUGUUCUGGAACGAUGGAUGAUAUCAGCCAGGAAGAGGGGAGCGCCCAGGCAGAAGUGGAGUCGAGCAGCCAGAGGACGUCCAGCACUGUUCUCGCUAAAGAGGCCCUCAUAGAGAUCGACUACGGCAAACUGUCUGAAGACCUUAAGGAUGAACUGUCAGAGGAGGAGAUCAAGGGGGAGACCAACACUCUGCAGCAGCGUCUGAACGAGCAGCAAAGUAUCCUCCAGAGGAUCAGUGCACCCAACAUGAAGGCCAUGGAGAAGCUGGAGAGCGUCAGGGACAAGUUCCAAGAGACCAGUGACGAGUUUGAGGCUGCCCGUAAGAGAGCCAAGAAGGCCAAGCAAGCCUUUGAGCAGAUCAAGAAGGAACGGUUUGACCGUUUCAACAACUGCUUCGAGUCGGUGGCCACCAACAUCGAUGAGAUCUACAAGGCCCUCUCACGCAACAGCAGUGCCCAGGCUUUCCUAGGCCCAGAAAACCCGGAGGAGCCGUACCUGGAUGGCAUCAACUACAACUGUGUGGCUCCGGGAAAGCGGUUCAGACCCAUGGACAACCUGUCUGGAGGAGAGAAGACUGUUGCGGCCUUGGCUCUGCUCUUUGCUAUUCACAGCUACAAACCCGCUCCCUUCUUCGUCCUGGAUGAGAUUGAUGCUGCUCUGGACAACACGAACAUCGGCAAGGUUGCCAAUUAUAUCAAAGACCAGUCGGUGCUGAACUUCCAGGCCAUCGUCAUUUCUCUGAAAGAGGAAUUCUACACCAAGGCAGACUCACUCAUCGGUGUUUAUCCAGAGCAAGGAGAUUGUGUCAUCAGUAAAGUGCUUACCUUCGACCUCUCCCAGUAUCCUGAUGCCAACCCAAAUCCCAAUGAAUAGUUCGAGCCCCCCCCCCGACACCAGCGUUUGGCAAACGGGGCAAGCAAGUUCUUUCGCGACACUCUCUGGAUUGCUAAUCUAUUCUGUAGUCACAGAUUAUGUACUCAUUAGGUCCCACAUAUUAUUUCCUUUUCUUUCUUUUUUAUAAUUAUGAAUUUGUUGUGUUAUUCUAGAAGUAUUAAAUUAGUGAGAUUUCUUUGUUGUUGUCUAGUCAGUGACAACCAGGACGUAUGUACAUUUAUAAAAGCCCACCCUUUCUCAAUUUGGCAAUACAAGAGUGAUUAUAAUGAUCCAUAAAAGAUUAUUAUAACCCAGUGUAAAUGAGAACAAAUCAAACCUUUUUAACAGACUGUCGAAUUUGUAUCAUGUGGUAAAAUGUGUCGAAUUUACCUGAAACAAGUUUUUGUUGUCAGCUUUUAUACUAUUUAGGGCCCUCUUUUCAAUUGUGUGCUUUAAAUACCUGCCUCUCUUUUGUUGUGUACCAUGAGAUGUGUUGCGUGUGUUGCGUGUGCGUUUUCAUGUGCUACUCGAGCUCAAUCAGGAAUCUGUUGCUACAAUAUGGUGGAUACAUUCCCUUGUGUGAUGGCUAAAUAAAACCCUUAGUGAGCUGCAACUGGCAGUGCUAUAAUGAGAUCAUGGAGUUUUGUUAACGGCGUCGUCAGAAAAUAAUGUCUAAGAAAAUGUGCUGAGGGGAUUUGGCUGUGUGAAUAACGACGGCUUAAUCGGCUUCAGGGAAGUGGCGACGAGGCACUUCUGUUAGAAAUGCUUCAUUGAUGGGCUUACUUCAAUAAAUAUAAUUUGAAUUA